UGAUGUGGGCGAAAUAACGGUGUCAGUAGUCCAUUAGCAUUGAAUUGGAAAUGACAUCAUAAUACCAAUUGUUUUCUCACACACCUCAACGUUGUGGUUGAUGUUUAGCUUUCUAAAACCGUGUUAUAUUUCUUUGUUUUUUCUUUACGGACAGAAGUAAGUGCUAAGUUUGCGUUAGGAAGGCUUGCUAACACUGGGUAGCAGCUGCGGUCGGCUUCGUUAAAGCUCGGCUGCCGACUCUUCCCACAGAAGAGGAGGCGAGUUUCCGGGGUUCAAAGAACGAUGCAGUGAUUACAUACGUGGCUGGCUCUCGUUUGAAUGGUAUUGCUUGGCCCUAUAACUUUUUGUACUCAAAGGCUCGACAUCGGCGAUGAGCUAAAUUGAUGCCUGGAUUCAACCCAGCGCAGAUCAAACAACUGCAGAGGAGAUGAGUCUGCUUUGGUGGCGAGUCAAACGGCUGUCAGAGAAGUUGGAGAAUGACUCUCCUAGCGGCCUCCCUUUGGGGUCCCCAGCCACUGUGGCCCCACAAGGAUCCAAUUCAUCUUGGGUGCCUGAAACCCCUGUGGUCACACCAGAAGAGCCAAUUUUCCUUAUGACUUCCACGGCCCAAACUAUAUCAGGGUUUUUUGUUUGGACGGCUCUUCUGAUCACAUGUCACCAGAUCUACAUGCACCUACGUUACUACAGCUCUCCAAACGAACAGCGGCACAUAGUUAGGAUCCUCUUCAUAGUUCCCAUCUAUGCCUUUGACUCCUGGCUCAGCCUGCUGUUCUUCACCAAUGAGGAGUAUUAUGUUUACUUCGACACAGUACGAGACUGCUAUGAAGCCUUUGUCAUCUACAACUUCCUGAGUCUGUGUUAUGAGUAUCUGGGAGGAGAGAGUGCCAUAAUGGCUGAAAUCAGAGGGAAACCUAUCGAGUCAAGCUGUAUGUAUGGGACCUGCUGUCUGUGGGGUAAAACCUACUCCAUUGGUUUCCUCAGGUUUUGCAAGCAGGCAACACUCCAGUUCUGUGUGGUUAAACCCCUGAUGGCGGUGAUCACUGUCAUCCUUCAGGCCUUUGGGAAAUACAGAGAUGGAGACUUCAAUGUGGCUAGUGGCUACUUAUAUGUCACAAUUAUCUACAACAUCUCUGUAAGUCUGUCUCUCUACGCUCUCUUCCUCUUCUACUUUGCCACACGUGAACUGCUCGUCCCGUACAAUCCCGUGCUCAAGUUCUUCAUGGUCAAGUCAGUCAUCUUUCUCUCCUUCUGGCAGGGGAUGUUGCUGGCCAUCCUGGAGAAAUGUGGAGCUAUCCCUCAGAUCAACUCUGCUGAUUUCUCUGUAGGCGAGGGAACAGUUGCUGCAGGCUACCAAAACUUCAUCAUCUGCAUUGAAAUGUUCUUUGCUGCUAUUGCUUUACGCCAUGCUUUCACUUACAAGGUCUACAUGGACAAAAGGCUGGACUCAUAUGGCUCAUUUCCUAUCUAUGGACAGUACGGUCACUGUGCCUCAAUGAAGAGCAUCUCCAGCAGCCUGAAGGAAACGAUGAAUCCAGGAGACAUGGUCCAGGACGCCAUCCAUAAUUUCUCCCCAGCUUAUCAGCAGUACACCCAGCAGUCCACAUUAGAGCGAAGUGGGGGGCCACCCCUUUCCCGCAGCCACAGUAACCUCAGCACCCGCGGGGACACUGAAAAGACCCUUCUGCUCAGCUCUGAUGAUGAGUUCUGAGAUUCAAACACACACACUCGGAGGCUAACUUUUACUCUUGUAGCCCUUAUAAAGUUUUUAGCAGUUAUGAAAGACAAAUCAGAUCUUUUGUUUCGACCUCAACAUGAAAGUUCAGGUUCUGGUUCUGGUUAUUUCACAUUUGGAUAACAGUGAAAGAUCAGAUUUUCGUCAUGGUUAUCAGACUGCCAAAACUGAGGUGGGGCAGAGUCAUUUCUAAGGAAAAAGGAAGUGAGUGCUACAGCAGGGAAAUAAGGAGCGUGAAAAGAAUGUAGAUGUUACAAAUAAAGUGAGGGAGGAGUGAGCUUGGGAGCAUUUGUUACUGGCCAGGCUGUUAUUUGUACUGAUGUCUUAGUUGUGAUUGUAGGCUAUUACUUACAGAAAUGCAAUUUUGUAGGCACGGUACAGAUAACCGUGCCUGCAUAUACCAUCUUAAUCCUGCACUGUAGACACUAUGGCAUUAAAAUGUGAUAUAUAAGCUGGAGAAAAUAAGUGCCAUCUUCUACUGAAACACAUGGCCUCUUUAUAUUCACCAUUUACGCUGAUUCUCAUUCGAUAUUCCUCCCUCGCUCUCUCUCUGUCUCUGUCUCUCUCUCUCUCUCUCUCUCUCUAACUUAAAUAUUGCCAAAUAACGAGACACUGUCUUAAAGUUUAGGAUUGAUUUUUAGUAAAGCAAAACAAAGGAGCCUUUGAAGUGCGGGGGUUCAUUUUAAUAUAUGACUUCAAUGACAAAUAUUUUAUCUAAUGCUUGUUUGACGUUGAAGGUUUGUCGGACAGUUGUUUUUCUAGAACUAUUAUGAGUUUACUGUUCAUGUCAUCACUAUGUAAUGCACUGGCACUCCAUCUGUUGGCCUGACUCGUGUUAUUUUAUUGUUUGUGGAGAAGCAAGGUAACAGCUGUAGGAGAGAUUUUAGCGUGGGCAGGGGGACUGACGGAAGGACGGCACCCACACAGAUUACAGAUUACUGAAGAAGCAACACUUCCCCGCAGAUUCGGCCCAGCUGUGAUGUGCUGUGGAUUGUAAUCUCAUAAUUAACAGCAUUACGUGCUGCACAGAUCAGCCCUGCCUCUGCUGGUGUCAUUUGUAAUGGCUGCUGCAGAUAGAGAAUGCAUAGAUAUGUUGGUGAAAACAAGGCUUUAAAUCAGAUUGAAAUCACAUUCUGAAUAAUAUUGUACACAUGCAUUUGCACUUGAAUGCGUGAGCAUUUUAAAAUUGGUGAACACGCUAAAGCAGAAAGCAGUUAGGUGUGAGGAAAAAAGUCUCAAGUGACUAAAAACCUAGAGGCUUGCCAGAUAGCCUCUGGAUGGCAUUGUGUUUCUCUUUUCCCAAAAGAUGGCUGGAGCUGUUUGAGUUAAGUGUUCAUAUCUUAUCCUGUUAUGUUGAAUAUGCGUUCACACAGUGGCUGGUAUAUAACUUGCUUGUGGUUUGUAGUUCUAAAUGUUUAAUUGCAGAGCACAGCAGUAUAAAGGCUGAGAUGCUCCUUUUGUUUAUGUUGACUAUAUCAAUUUAACAGACUCGGGUUAGUGACUGCGGGUUAACACAUAGUACAUUACAGCACAGGCCUUGUGAGAAAAGGAGUCAAGACAGCCAAAGUGAUGUGUAGCUCAUCAUUUUCUAAUGAGGAAAUCAUAAUCAGUAAAGAGAACAAUGAAAGUAUUUGGUUUCUAUCUGUAACCCGUAUCCCUGCCAGCCACCUUCUGCCCCAAUGACCGCAUCACUUGUGUAUCUUUCUACUAAACCUGCAGUGCUUCAUUUAAAGACAGGUUGAGUGCAUUUGUUCUGAGCAUUUCAUACUCAAGCAUUUUAUUCAAAACACUAUCAGAUCAUAGUUUUGCAAAGCUGAAUAUAUCUGAAACCAGGAAAGACUUUAUCCAGAUGGAAAGAAUGCUGUAAAUAGAGUCAAAUUAAGUGCUGCAAAACCUUUUAUGACGAUGGCUGCAAUGGCAUUGCUUGGUAUACUGCUCUGUUUGAAUAUUUUUGUGUUUUGAUAGUUUAAUUUCAUAUAUACUCCUGUUUGUUUUUUUUUAAAUGCUUUUUAAUUUGUAUAUUGGUAAUAUCACAUGUUUUGAUGGUAUAUUGAUUUCUGUUGUUGUUUCAGAGGAAAUAAAAGAUAA